AUGCGGCGGCCCAGCCAUGCUGAGGGGUUCUGGCGCGCCGCGUUCUUCGAGGGAUUCAAAGGGCCAACGACGUUUUUCUUUUUGAAGACUCGUUGGCCCUUUGGCUAUGGCGUUACACAGCAGCGGGACCAGCCGCGUCGUGGUGAGGCAAAAAUAUAUCCAAGAAGAUCCUGGGGCACGUGUCGACGUGCUAUCAGCAGUGAAACGUUCACCAGGUUACUGCUGAGUGGUGAUGGUGUAGAGGAAAAUCCCGGCCCUUCAUUGCGUGGAAUGCAGUGGAACUCAGCUGGACUUACCCAGGCCAAGAGGCUUGUUCUCCAGAAAAACCCUUCUUGA